UGGCUGUUUACCCUGCUUCGAGCGUGUGUUUCUCUGACAGAAUUCGUUAAACAAAACAUGUCAGGGAGGAUUUUGCAUGCCCGACUUGCUUCUUAUUUAUUUUUUUAUUAAAGAAUGAAUAUAGACGGCAAUACAUAGAACAGAAGGAAUAUCUUUCCCCACAGAUAGUAUACAGGUCAGCAGAAGUAAUAACCAAAGCAUGUAUGACUUUUAUAAGCUCUUUACUAAUAAUUAAACUUUUAAUAAUAAAACACCUUUAUAUAAAACCUUUAAGAGGAUGGACACUUCUCCUGUUUGAGAGAACUUUGUUUGUCUAUCUAAUCAGAAGAAACUUGUCUGGAGUCUGGUUUAUAGACGGCCAUGCUGAAGUUAUGGAAUAAGUCUCUUCAUCUCAGGUUUCCUGCUGGUGUUCAACACUCACAACGUCCAACGGUCCUGCAUUCACACGCUCUUAAUAUAGCUUGCCUAAAGUCAUACGAGACUGCAGUUGAGACUUAAAACUAGUCUGAAGACACGGGGACUCUUUUUGUAAACAUUUUUGUACUGAGGCAUUCCUUAAAAUUUGGCGUUUGUAGUUGUUGAGCUAUUGGACUGACUCUCUGGAUUAAAUGGUGAACUGGUUUGCCAUGAAGAACAUGGAAUUACUCAGGGAUCAAGAAGCAUUAUGACAGUGAUGUAAUGUGAAUCGCCACAGAUAUUUAUCCGCAAGGAAAGUUCAAUAUUUUAUCAAACAGCUUUAAGUUGUUCCUGCAGAAAUGAUAUGCCACUUGACUCUUCUCGUUGUCUUCAAUCUUUUCGUGUCUCAGUGCCAAGGCGGCUGUGCGGAGGUGGACUCCAUGACUGAAGCCGUGUCAGGAGAAGGAUUCCUGCUGGGCUGCAUCUCCUGUAAAAAGAGAGAGGAGGUGUCUGCCCGAGCCACUGUGGACUGGCACUUCAAACCGCAGGGAGUGGAGGAUUUCAGGCCUAUUUUCCACUACGAAUACCCCAGUGCCAACAUCACGGAUGAGGAUUUCAGCAACCGUUUAGAGUGGCAUGGGACAAAAAACAGUGACAUACAAAUAGGAGCCAUUUACAUUCAUAACGUCACCUUCAACGAAGCGGGGACGUACCGCUGCACAAUCCACCGCACCCUCUUCCUGCCCCUGUAUAAUGAGAACGUCAUUGUGGAGAAGGAGGUGGAGCUCACUGUUGUGGCUGUAGCCAAUCGGGAGCUGACAUCGGUGAUCUCAGAGAUCCUGAUGUACGUGCUGAUCGUGGUUCUGCAGCUGUGGCUCAUUGGGGUUCUGAUCUACUGCUACAAGAAGAUUUCAGAAGAGUACGAAGCUCGGGAUGCCAAUAAAGCUCUUAAGGCUCAGACAGCGCUUGCAAAAGACAACUGUGAUGGGGUGCAGCUAGAGUGACUUUAGCAGUAGAAGAGAUCUUCUCUGCAAGAUUGAAGCUUCUUACUGUAGCAGAAAUGGCACAAUAACUGUAUAAGAAGUUGAUUUGGAAUGUUGGUUGGUGCCCAGUUGUCUAUAUGUACCCUGUAUUAUUAACUGUAAACUGAAUCAGAUGAAGGUUUGUAGAAUUGUGAAAAAAGGCCCUUUUUCAAGGUUUGUGAAAACAAAUUGCCUUAAAUUUAGCGAAUCAAAAAGCUGUUAUUGUUUAACAAUCUUUGAAUAGUCAAUGAUGUACUUUAAUCAUACAAAUUCCCAGAGCCCAAAAUAAUGUUUUAACACAGGAGUAUUCAGCUGAAACAAUGAGAUGUAGAAAUGCAGGAAACCUUGAUAAUACUCCUAUUGUAGGACAUAAAAAGUGUAACAGUCAUCCAAACGGCCAUUGAUACAUUUUCCAUUCAUGAUCAAAUGACUGACUGAGUGAAAGUAAUUCAGGAUUAUUUAACACUUAUAAACACCCCACUGAUACUAGUUUAUCUGCAUGCCUCAGCUCUCAUUUCUACAGGAUCAAUAGUGAAAACAGAAAUGUGUGUAGAUAAAAUAAAUAACUUUAUAUAUGAUCUUAAAGGCGCUGUGGAAAGUCUUUAUAUUUUUAGAUAACCUUGACAUCACUCAUUGUUAAGCAUAAGCAGGGUGUCAGGAUGUCGGACUAAACUUAUGUUUGUUUGUUUUUUUGCACGUUAAAGUUUGUAAUUGAACUUGAAUAAAAUAGUUGUUUUUAUAAA